AUGAAACACAAAAUGUCAUAUAAAUUCAAACUAUUUAGAAAUGAAGUUAUUACCUCCAUCUCUUGUGACUUGUUUUCAGUCUACUUCGAAGAUUAUCGUUUGCCAUUAGGAGAUUUCUUAUUUUCUCCAGCAAAACAGCGAUACAUGGUUUGGAAU